GGACGGAGGAGGGAAAGACGCAGAAGGAAGAAGGAAUAAAGAUGGAAUAACGAAGUACACGUUGAAGCUGAAGCCGUCUUCCGCUGCGGUGGUGGAGGACAUGAAGGAGACGCUGCAGGCGGAGGUCAUCGAGUACGGGGAUCAUCUCCUCAGGAUUAAGGUGACAGUGCCAGAUGAGCAACGCUACGAGGUGCCAGUGCCCCUUGACCUCCCCGCCCCCUCCUCUUCCUCCUCCCCCCUCUACAAGGUCAGCCUCAACCACUCGGGCGAUUUCUCCAUCAAGGUCACAAGGGACGACACCAACGAGGUCAUCUUCGACACCAGCAUCGGAGGCUUCACGUACGCCGAGCAGUUCCUCCAAGUAUCGACUCGACUUCCCUCAAGCAACCUGUACGGCCUUGGGGAGCAUUCGCACGCCUCCUUCAAGCACGACCUCGCUUACAAGACGUGGCCCAUGUUUGCGAGGGAUCAGCCGCCGGGGAAUGUUGGCGAGAACUUGUACGGUGUUCAUCCAAUGUACUUGGUCGUCGAGGAAAAUGGGUCGAGUCAUGCUGUCCUCUGGCUGAACAGCAAUGCUAUGGAGGCAGAGACGAUGCCCUUGCCUGGCCUGACCUUACGUUCCAUCGGGGGCAUAAUUGACCUGUUCUUCUUCCUCGGUCCGACCCCGGAGCAGGUCGUGGCGCAAUACACGAGCGUGAUUGGUCGACCGUUCCUGCCUCCCUAUUGGUCGCUCGGGUUCCAACUUUGCAGAUAUGGCUAUAAUUCCCUUGAGAAUCUUACGUCGGCUGUGUCUCGCACUCGGCGCCAUGGAAUUCCUCAGGACGUGCAAUACGCCGACAUCGACCACAUGCACCGGCGUCUGGACUUCACCUACGACGAGGAGAACUUCGCCGGUCUUCCCGAUUACAUCCGCCAGGUCAAGGAGGAGGGACUGCGCUUCGUCAUCAUCCUCGAUCCGGCGGUCAAUGCGGAGUUGCCAGCGGGAGAAUACCCUGUGCACGAAGCAGGUGUUGCCAAUGACGUGUACAUCACGUGGCCGGAAGGAGAGGCCCCGGAUGAGAAUUUCGGGGCUGGUGACGUCAUGCUGGGAUACGUCUGGCCCGACAACCGAACCGCCUUCCCCGAUUUCUUCCGACAGAAAACGAGGGACUGGUGGACGGAGCAGAUCGUCGACUUCCACAAAACCCUCGAAUUUGAUGGCCUGUGGAUCGACAUGAACGAGCCGGCCAACUUCGGCACGAACGAGCAGCGUCCUUGGAACUGCCGGAGGAGUGGGGGUCCUGGAGCCUCGCCUGCCCCCCCCCCCGUGGGACGACCCCCCCUACGUCACCGCCGCCGCUCCGUCUGGGGGGAAGAUAAGAGACUAUCGGACAAGACCCUGUGCAUGGUGGCCAGGCAGGGCGAAGAGAGGGAACUGCGCCACUAUGACGUCCACAACCUCUACGGCUGGUCCGAGACGAAGCCCACGCUCGAGGCCCUCCAAGCGGCAACGGGCAAGAGGGGCUUCGUGGUGACCCGGUCGACGUACCCGAGCAGCGGCAGGUGGGCGGGGCACUGGCUGGGGGACAGCGCCAACUGGAAUCACCUCGGGGACUCUAUCACAGGAAUGCUGGAAUUCAACCUGUUCGGAAUACCCUACGUUGGUGCGGAUAUUUGCGGAUUUUCGACAACGCAGAAGAGAGAUUGCGAACGGUGGAUGGAGUUGGGCGCCUUCUACCACAGCCGGAGCCACAACACCCUGGCGCGAACGACCAUGUAUGAUCCCGGCUUAUGGCCCAGCGUAGCGGCGUCUAGCAGAAAGGCGCUGAGAAUCCGCUACACUCUGCUGCCGUACCUGUACACGCUACAUUUCCUCGCCGCUACGACAGGUUCUACUGUUGUGAGGCCGCUUUUCUUCGAGUUUCCAAAUAUUGUCGAUACCUGGAAUAUAGAUGACCAGUUCCUAUGGGGAUCGUGGCUCAUGGUCGCCCCUGUUAUCCAACAUGGAAUGACGUCGAGAAGAGUAUAUUUCCCCCGAGGUAUCUGGUAUGACUAUUAUCAAGGCGCCGUGUUCAACCAGACCAACGGGGUCGAGAGGCCGGUGUUGGCUCCGCGCGCCCACGUCCCCCUGUUCGUGCGCGGGGGGGGCGUCCUGGUCACACAGCGGCCACGAGACAACACGGCGCAUUCGAGGAAGGAGCCUCUGGGAUUGAUCGUCGCUCCCGAUUGGGCCAAGGAAGCUUCUGGAACCUUCUUCUGGGACGACGGCGAAGGAAUCGAUACGGUUGACAAGGGCGAGUUUACACAGCUGACAUCACUUAUGCCAAGAACAGCAUCACCUGGACGCCACACGACACGCGGCUCGGGAGCAGCGCCCUCUCGCUCUCCGACUCAGGGGUCUUCGGGUCGACUCCGCCCUUCGCCAGCUCACCUCGAUGGGACUCGCUGGAAGGGGAGACUGGCACCACACGCGGCGUCCGCAGCACAAAAUUACAUUCUUUGCUGCAAGAGUGGUAUUAGCCUGUGUGCAGUGACUGUGACCACGUCUCCAGUCCUCGAGAUGUUUGACUUGGAGAUUCCCAUUUCGAGUUCCUUUACUCUGUCCUGGAAGUCGGAGAUGGACUUUAAGAUCCCUUGUCCCAUCUCGUACAAAGGUAAAGUAGCCCUUAUAGACUCGGGGUGCGGAAGGCAGGGGGGCCAAUUGGAGAUCCCGUGUUCGAUUCCUCCGCCGAGCGACUACGGCUACGAAUACGCGGACAACGUGACCACGCAGACGGACACGGGUUUCAAAGUGCGGCUGAGGAAGAGAGGAGUGACGUUAUACGGAGACGACGCCGAAAUCAUCCUUUUCGAAGUCUUUCAGUAUAGCGAUGAUACUCUGAGAUUUAAGUUCACCCAGGAGGGCCAGACCCGCUACGAAGUCCCGCUCGACCUCGACCUCCCUACCUUGGGCAUCAACCAGCCGCUGUACGAGGUGGUCCUCAGCCCCCAGGUCGCCGGCGAGCUCUUCUUCUUCCGCGUCGUCAGAGCGAGACAGGAAACGUUCUCCUGGACACGAGCAUCGCGGCCUGACCUUCUCCAACCAGUUCCUGAGCCUGACGACGCUGCUGGCGAGCAAGAACAUCUACGGCCUGGGAGAGAACACGCACUCCUCCUUCAGGCACGACCUCGGGCAGAGGACUGGCCCGUCUUCGCGAGGGACCAGGGGCCCGCCGUGGAUGCGGGCGAACUCAACCUGUACGGCGCCCACCCCUACUUCCAGUGCAUAGAGAACGACGGAAACAGCCACGGUCUUCUGCUCCUCAACAGCAACGCUAUGGACUACCAACUCCUCGACUACCCGGCCAUCAGCUACAGGACCAUUGGAGGCGUCUUGGACUUCUACAUGGUGCUGGGACCGGAACCUGAGGGUGUUGUGUCCCAGUACACCGCCCUGAUACACAGGCCUGUCAUGCCCCCUUAUUGGGCUUUGGGCUUCCAGCUGUGUAGAUACGGCUACGGUUCCUUGGAAGAGCUGCAGGCGGCGGUUAACAGGACGAGAGAAGCGGAAAUACCUCACGACGUGCAGUAUGGUGACAUCGACUACAUGGACCGCCGACUGGACUUCACAUACGACCAAGUGAACUACGCAGGUUUACCAGAGUAUGUCCUCGAGGCCAAAGAAAACGGGCUCAGGUUCGUCGCCAUUUUGGAUCCGGCGAUCAACGCGGAGCUGGAUUCAUCCGACUACCCGCCCCACAAGAACGCACUGGAUGCAGGCGCCUACAUCGAGUGGGGCGCCGAGACGAAACCCAGAGCACGUCGCCGAAAAUAAUGGCGGCGGCGAACUCGGACAAAAGAUUAUGUUGGGUUAUGUGUGGCCGGACAACCGCACUGCUUCCCGAGCUUCUUCAAGGACGCGGCCAAGGACUGGUGGAUCAGCGAGAUCGAAUCCUUUUACAACACGAUCCGAUUCGAUGGACUCUGGAUU